GUGGACACGGCGUCUUAGGAUUAUUAAUUUUUUGUGUUUAUAAUCGCGAAAAUAGGCGAUUUCGUUUUGUUUUUGCGACGCUCGCCACCUCUUGUCAGUUGCUUUAGAUGUGGAACAGCAGUUGGUUGUGGUCAAGUUUUAGCGUCAGCUCUUGUAGGCGCUCGUCGAUCUGGAUUUUGAGAGUAGCAGGAAGGAUGGAUUUUGCAGCUCCGCGCUGGGUGCCCUGGUCGAAGCGUAGGCAGCUUUUGUGGCCCGUCUUUUGCAGCGCUGCAUUGCAGGUAGAUUGCAUCGGUGAUGAGGGAUACUGUCAGGGAUACUGUCAGGGACCGUGUGGCGAGAAAGUUCAGGUACCCCUGCCAGAAGGACAGGAGCGCCGAGUCGUUGGAAUCGUCAGGAGUCAUCACGGGCAGGCGCCUGUAGUGUGUUGGCUGUGAUUUGUUGUGGCCGCUGGAGGAGCGCCGCUUGCAACGAGCUCGUCCCGGUUUUUUUUUUUUUUUAUUUUUUUACAUUUCAGGUGGAGGUAC